GAGGGUUCGACAGGACUUGGCUUUCAGUCGCAGCUCGGCAGUCUGUACGAGACGAUCGAGUUACGUAUACUACGGUGUGCAGUUUAUGUACAUAUACGCGUACGGUGCAUGUAUUAGUGCUCAUAGGCGCAGUCUCGCGUGUGCACGGGUAACCGAUACGCCGGACGAGUUGACACACGCGCAGCAAUGGCGUACCCCCUUGAAGAAGCCUGAACGUGUUCUGUCGUCGAAUAUUCCUUUGUGCCGCUGUGUGUGGUGUGUGUAAGAAGGACGGAUAAUCCGAAUAAAAGAUCGUACAUAGUAGUCGACGAUAGAGUUGCGAAACGAAGUCGACAUAUCAAGGUGUUUCAGGCUUGCCGAAACGAAAGAACGAAACGUUACGCCCAGCCAGAUCACGUCCAAGCUCCAUUGCUCGCUCUAAUAUACGAAUCGACUUUCCGUUCUCACAGACGUCAUUUAAGCUUCGAUAAGGAGAAAUUUGGCCAGAUGGAAAUUUACCAAAGCAGAAGCGUGGCAUUCUAGCAUUUAAAUGCAAACACGAUGCACGGAUGUAGCAACCGGAAUGAUAGGUGCAAAGGGUUUGUGACAGAGUGAAGUAGAUUAUCCCAGGGAAGAAGAAAUUGGAGGAAAGGGGAACGAAAAGAUACGUGUAUAUAGAGAAAGGAAAAGAAUUUCGAGGUAGGAAAGAGAGAGAUCGGAGAAAAACGCGUAGACACGGAAAGAUCACGGAAGGCAGAGAUCGAUGUUGCAAAGAAGCCGGUGUCGAACGAGUCAGGGCCGGUGGUGUACGAAUUCAUAGUCGGUUGUAAGCUCUUUACCUACGACUUUUUUCCCUUCCCUCUCUCGAAAUAUGCGAUAACGCUCCUUUGCUCGUGUACAUUGGGGGCUUCCGCCUCGAGGGCUUUCCUCGGUGUUGGAUAUAAUAGCUGAUUGGUCCAACCCUUGGAUAAGGCAACCCUCUCCCACAGUGAUGCGUCGUACCGUUCUUCCUCGCCUCGUUUCAAGGUAUGUCCAUGACAACGAGAAGUGCCAUAAUCAUUAAAACGAUCGCAGUGUAAAUAAGAUUGGGAGAAACAGAGCUAGAGGGAUAGCACAAGCGAGCGGCCAAGAGAAGAAUAAGAGAGCAGGAGGAAGAGGAAGAGGAAGAAGAAGUAGAAGUAGAAGAAGGGGGUUAGUAAAGGGAAGGAAAGGAAAGGGAAAAAGUGCCGGAGGAUCGCGAACUCGCGUCUCCGGCUGUGUGGCAGAAGAUCAGUAAUCUCAACGCUGGGCGAGACGGAGACCAGCGGAUCGUGGUCGUCAUCGGGGAGAAUAAUCACGAGGAUCCCACGAAAUGAGAGCCUAGCGUUCGAGGUGGGUCGUUGGUCAGCGGGCGUGCAAGAAGGGACGGUUCGGCGGCGGAAGCCUGGAUAGUAGGAGGUUUCCAACAUGGCCGCUGCCUGCUACGAGAAGGAAGUGGUGGUAGGUGCCGCUAUGCAUGGACACGGUCAUCACCAUCACCACCACCAUCAUCAUCACCAUCACCAUCACCAUCAUGGGAUGGCCGGUGGGUCUACCGGCGGCGGUGGCGGCGGCGCUGUGGCUGUAACGGCUGCUGCGACAGGCCCGACCGGACAGCAAACCGUCCUACCGGCCGCAUCGACCGGCAUCCUCGACACCACCGCUGCCGCUGUUACUGCCGUCGGCUCCAGCACCACCGCAAACUCCAAUGCGUCCGCGACCGCGACGGCGGCAGCUGUCGCGGCCGCGACGGCGGCGACGGCCGCGGCGGCAGCCGCUGCGGUUGCAGUCACCACCUACAAGGACUACAAGGAUUACUCGCAACCACUGCACGUGGACUGCAGCGUCGAGUACGAGCUGCCGAGUCAGGCGAAGCCACCGCCUGGCGGUGGUGAACCCCUUCUCAUGAUCCACCCGUGCUACUAUCGACGCGCCGAACGCGAGAGGAGAAGUCCUUUCGUCAACAAUCUACCACCGCCGGCGAACGCACCGAUCACCUCUAGGCGAAGCAGCAGGCGAAACGCCUCGACUGCCGUCGUCGUAGCCACCGCGGCCGCAGCCGCCGCUGUAUCUUCCACCUCGUCCGUAGUUGCAUCCUCCUCUACGGUUGCCUCUGUUUCUACCUCGACCGUGUCCUCUUCGAGUUCCGCUGUCGCAGCAGCAGCGGCCGUCUUAUCGGCCACCGCAGCCGUCGUCGCGACAACCGAUUCUGGAUCGAAUCUCGUUUCCACAACCGGUCAAAUGUCCGCCGCGGCCAUGGCAGCUUCCUAUCGAGCAGCGCUCAACGCUGCUGCCACUCUCUCCCAACAACAACAGCAACAGCAGCAACAACAAAGACGUCAACAUCAUCCGCAACAGCAACCACCACCACAGCCGGCGCAACCGCAGCAGCAACAACAGAAUCAUCAUCAUCAUCAUCAUCAUCGACCUCACGCUCACCCCCAUCAUGGUCAACCGCAGCCGCAGCAACAACAGCAACAGCAACAACCACAGCAGCAACAACAGCAGCCGAGUUCGGUAACGUCGACCACUUCUGGCCCCGAACUGAUCUCUGCUGACGAAAAAGCAGUCAUAUCAGGUAUUUAUCAACACUACUUCCGCGCAAUGCGCGCUCACAAUUAUCAGCACCGGCAGCAGCAACAGCAGCAACCGCAGCAGCAACAAACUACGCAGCAGCAUCGAACGACUCAUCAACUUCAUCAUCAACCUCACCAAAGCGACCGAAGUUCCUCCUCGUCGGUAACGCCGACGGCUACGUCGAUCUCUGGCAUUCUACGGCAAACGUAUCAGCAGACGUAUAACGCGACGAAUUCGAGUUCGUCGAGCCAUCUGCGGGCAGCGACAGCCUCGGCAAUCGGGCACCACCCGUACAGACGGCCGUCGGCGGCGUUGUUAUCGCGCGCAGCGUCGCACGUUGGUCAGCAGGCUUCUUCCUCAUCUUCCUCGUCCUCUUCUUCUUCCUCGACGUCGAUCGGUGCUUCCAGCGGUGUUUCCUCUGGCGGCGUUUCCAGCGUGUACGCGAGCACGAUACACAGGCAUCACGCGACCUCGCUACACGCCCUUCAGGCGGCCGGUUUUUACGAAACGCCCGGUUAUCACGCGCUUUUGCCGCAGAGUUAGAUGUCCACCAGCAGCACCAACAGCGUGAACCCGCUCCAGACCGACCCCGUUGCCAGCGUUCAUUUAUUCACCUAAUCCGGCUGCAAAGCCGUGCUCUCUCUUCCCUAUUGUACGACUUAUCUCUUCCAUACUCGUUAAAGAGCAUACGGGUUGGUCUAACUCUGCCUAGUACACUCGGGAAACAUCUAUCUCUGCGACGUACAUGCUACUUCUACUUACGUGUAUCCACUCUAUGUACGCGGAUGUAUACGCAUACGUGUAUAUGUAUGUAUCGUCGUCGACGCGACGAUCGUACGUGCCGUGCACUCCGUUCUUGGCAGUAGUGUGUGCGGGUGUCCGGACGGACGGACGGACGGACGGACAGACAGAAAGACAGAAAGACAGACAGACAGACAGACGAGCAGAAAGCCACAGAAUAAACACCCAACGCGUAUACACCACCAUCUCCACUAUUACCGUCACACACAGACUCGCGUUCGAACCAGGGACAGAUGGAGGGAACCACGACGGGCAACCGUGAAACGGUCGUCCGUGUACGCAUCGACCGAUUUCAUCCACCUGCGAUACGUGUGCGCUGCUCAGGUAUAAAAAUCCAUUUGCUUAGGCCCUGUAUUAACGACUUAUUUUUAGCCGGUAUACUUUCCAUCGGAGACACGAGAUUUUCUCUGCGUAAAUUCCUGAAACUCGAAUGCCUUUCUUUGCUACGCAAACAUCGUGCAUACGCGGUCGUGCCUCUCGUUCUACCUCCGCCGUAGUGGCGACGGCGGCAGCAGCAUCGGCGACGGCGGCGGCCCCUUUCGCUCUUUUUCCCAUCCUCGGUUCUCGAAUACCGUCGGAUCGCCAACACGCAUCGGUCGACAGUAUUUUUAGGGCGUACGAUCGAUGCCCCCGUGUUCGUCUAUACCUUGCCGAUACGCGUCUCUAUAACCUUUAGACUCGUUUUCCAACGAACCUUAUCGGUCGACGCAUCGCUAUUUUCCAACGGUUUAUAGUUUCUUACUUCUCCGUGCUUUCGUACAACCUAACCUCCCGGACCCGAUCGACAAUCAUCGUAAUCGCAAGUGCCAAAACGCAACGGACGUACGUUAUCAUCCGCAACAGGGUGGAAGCGCAAGUUUGCCAAACAAAGAGCACGUACGGAGACACUUGUUUUUCUUUUCUUCUUUCUGCUUUUUGUUUCGCGAGCACAUACAGGAAAUGGCAGUGUGCUCCGUCGUAGCGAUCGCAGUUGUCCUGCUCUAACGGAAUGUCCCUCUCGCCCUUUCUCCGCCUCUCUGUUCGUCCUUCUCUAGCCGGCUCGCGUUGUUCGUUCCUCCGGACCUCUUCGUCCCUCUCUCGCUUCGUCUCUGUCCGUUUCACGGCGGAACAUCUCUAGAAACCCGUGGUCCGAGAGAGCCGGGGCAGGAUUUCUUCUUUUUUGUCCUGCGCCCUUUUCAAAGAGCGCGCUCAAGGAGAAACGGACGGGGACCGUAUUUCGUUACACGGUAACGAUCGAUCAACGUGACCGCACGACCGCACCGGCGGUACGGGCGAGCCGUGGCGAAGCGAGACGAAGCGAGGCGAGGCGAGGCGAAACGAGACGACGGGUCGGGACGAACGGGACGG